AUGCCGUGCGAACCAAGUCCAGACGCCUGCAAUGGCUGUUCAAACCCAACAACAUCCGACUGCCACAAUCCAAUAGACAUUGAAGACUACAAAACAGAACUCACGUCCCUCCGAGCACGAACCCAAGAACUCGAAGAGAAACUCGCAAAACUCAAAGUCGAUUCUCCAAGUAACCUUCGCUCUACAAAAUGGUUCAACCGCACCGACGACCGCGCCAUGUCCGCCCUCUACGUCGACAGAUAUCUAAACUACGGUCUCACGAAAGAAGAACUCAUGUCCAAUAAACCCAUCAUCGGAAUCGCCAACAGCGGUUCUGAUCUCGCGCCUUGCAAUCAACAUCACCAAGUUCUUGCCAAGCGAGUCCGGGAAGGAAUUCGCAGUGCUGGKGCGAUUGCGUUGGAGUUUCCCACACAUCCCAUUCAAGAGACGACGAGGAGACCUACGGCGACGUUGGAUCGCAAUCUGAGUUAUUUGACCUUGGUGGAGUUGUUGUAUGCUUAUCCAUUCGACGGGGUGGUGUUAUUGACGGGUUGUGAUAAAACUACUCCGGCGUGUUUGAUGGCUGCUGCGACGAUGAAUAUCCCAGCGAUAGUCAUGAAUGUGGGACCUAUGCUGAAUGGAUAUCAGAAGAAUGUCAAGAUUGGUUCCGGGACUGUGGUUUGGAAGGCGCGGGAACUGCACGCGAAAGGGGAAAUCGGUGAUGAGGAGCUCACGGAUAUGAUCACUGCCGGGACACCGAGUGUGGGGCAUUGUAAUACCAUGGGCACGGCUUCGACUAUGAAUGCUCUUGCGGAGGCGUUGGGGAUGGCAUUGCCGGGAAGUGCGACGAUUCCAGCGCCGUAUAGGGAGAGGGCGCAGUGUGCUUAUCGGACUGGUCUGCAAAUUGUGGAGAUGGUGCAUCAGGAUCGGAAGCCGAGUGAUAUUAUGACCAGAGAGGCGUUUGAGAAUGCUGUUGUGGCGAACACCGCGAUUGGAGGAAGUACGAAUGCUCCGAUUCAUUUGAUUGCUAUUGCGAGGCACAUGGGGAUUGAGCUCGACCUGGACGAUUGGGAUCGAAUUGGCUAUGAGAUUCCUUUGAUGGUCAAUGUUCAACCCGCGGGAGAAAUGCUCUGUGAAGAGUACUUCCGAGCAGGAGGUCUUCCAGCUGUAAUGGCCGAACUUCUCGACCAAGGAAAACUCCACGGCGAUGCCAUUACCUGCAAUGGGAAGAGCAUCAAGGAGAACGUGCAGGGAAAACACACAUGGGAUCGGCAAACCAUCCUGAGUUACGACCAACCGAUGAAGAAGAAUGCCGGAUUCUUGCAUUUAACGGGAAAUCUCUUCGACUCAGCAAUCAUGAAAUCCUCCGUCAUCUCCGACGAAUUCAGAAAAGAAUUCCUCGAGAACUCGGAAGAUCCUAAUGCUUUCGAAGCKAAAGCCAUCGUCUUCGACGGCCCAGAAGACUAUAAUCAACGCAUCGACACGGCAGAUAUCGACGAACGCACAAUUCUCGUAAUGCGAGGGACAGGGCCAUUGGGAUAUCCCGGAGCAGCAGAAGUCGUGAACAUGMCUGCCCCCGGCCAUCUCUUGAAGAAAGGACUAAAGUACUCUCUCCCUUGUAUAGGCGAUGGCAGACAAUCGGGUACAUCAGGUUCCCCAUCCAUUUUGAACGCGAGUCCUGAAGCGGCGGAGAAUGGGAAUCUGGCGAUUUUGAAGGAUGGAGAUAGGAUUCGGGUGGAUUUGACGAAACGGAAGGUGAACAUGUUGAUCUCUGACGAGGAGAUUGGGAGGAGAAGGAAAGAGUUGAUGGCCAAGGGAGGGUAUGAGAUGGUGGAGAGCCAUACGCCUUUCCAGGAUCUCUUUAGAAGGGAGACGGGUCCGUUGAGUGAAGGAAUGGUUUUUAGGAGAGCGACGCAGUUUCAGAGGGUCGCGCAGAGGUUUCCGAGCCCGAGGGAUAACCAUUGA